UCCUGAAACCUGGACCCGGUGCAAGCCGCAGCUCAAGGAGGAGGCGGAGGAGUAGGCAGAGCGUGGGAUGGGCGCCGCCGAGGGGGAUCGGUGAUCCCGCGCUCCCCCACCAACCCCCUCCCGCGCGCGCGCGCACGUACUCUCUCUCACACACACACUCGCACAAACACACACUCGUACACGCCCGCGCCGCGCGCUCGCUGGUUGGAUCUCCCACGCAGGCGGAAUGCAGCAGAGCCCGGGGAGCAGCGUGUCUCCAGCUGCCUGAAUGCGCCUCGCUCGCGGGAGCCGGAGCCGGACGGCCCAGUAGGGCGCAAGGGAGGAGACUCUGCCGGGAGAGCCUGGACAGUUUUAGACGACACAGCCUUGCUACAUGUAAGAAAUGGCUGUAGGAAACAACACUCAACGAAGUUAUUCCAUCAUCCCGUGUUUUAUAUUUGUUGAGCUUGUCAUCAUGGCUGGGACAGUGCUGCUUGCCUACUACUUCGAAUGCACUGACACUUUUCAGGUGCAUAUCCAAGGAUUCUUCUGUCAGGAUGGAGACCUAAUGAAGCCUUACCCGGGGACAGAGGAGGAAAGCUUCAUCACCCCUCUGCUGCUCUACUGCGUGCUGGCUGCCACCCCAACUGCUAUUAUUUUUAUUGGUGAGAUAUCCAUGUAUUUCAUAAAGUCAACCAGAGAAUCUCUGAUUGCCCAGGAGAAAACAAUUCUGACUGGAGAAUGCUGUUACCUGAACCCCUUACUCCGAAGGAUCAUAAGAUUCAUAGGAGUAUUUGCUUUUGGGCUUUUUGCUACUGACAUUUUUGUAAAUGCUGGACAAGUGGUCACGGGGCACCUGACCCCGUAUUUCCUGACGGUGUGCAAGCCCAACUACACCAGUACAGACUGCCGGGCGCACCACCAGUUCAUCAACAACGGGAACAUCUGCACCGGGGACCUGGAAGUGAUAGAGAAGGCGCGGAGGUCCUUUCCCUCCAAACACGCUGCUCUGAGCAUCUACUCCGCCCUGUACGCCACGAUGUACAUCACAAGCACAAUCAAGACGAAAAGCAGCCGACUGGCCAAGCCAGUGCUGUGCCUCGGGACCCUCUGCACAGCCUUCCUGACGGGCCUCAACCGGGUCUCCGAGUAUCGGAACCACUGCUCUGACGUGAUCGCAGGCUUCAUCCUGGGCACUGCGGUCGCCCUGUUUCUGGGAAUGUGUGUGGUCCAUAACUUUAAAGGAACACAAGGAUCGCCUUCCAAACCCAAGCCCGAGGACCCCCGUGGAGUACCCCUCAUGGCUUUCCCGAGGGUAGAAAGCCCCCUGGAAACCUUAAGCGCACAGAAUCACUCUGCCUCCAUGACCGAAGUUACCUGAAACGGCUGACGUGUCACAAGCUGUUUUUUUUUUUUUUUUUUAAUCACCCUCCAAUUCGAUACUUCAAGACACAGUUACUUGAUAUCAAACUGUGAAGACAAGUAUUAUGUUUAUCUAGUUAGAGGCUAAUGUUUUGUACAUUUUUUGUAUGAGGAAGUGAUGUAGCUUGCCCUGAUUUUUUUUUUUUUUUUGGUCAGCUUUAAUAUAUUUAUGCCAGAAUUUUAAACAAAGUUUUCUUCUUGUUCAGGUGUGCAUUGAAGAACCACAUUUAUUCAAUGAUUGAUGUUGUUUUGUGAUAUUUGUACACAAACCUUCUUUUAUCAGUUUUAUAGACACUGAAAUGAAAUAUAAUAAUUCACUUUAAUCUUUUAUUAUCACAGUUGCUGCCUCCUCCAGAAUUUUUGAAUUUUAAAAAAAACUUUUGAGUUGCAGGGUAAACAAUGUUGGUUAAUGGUAAAUCUCAAAAUCAGUUGUGUGGAAAGAAGUAUUACUUUGAAAAAGGACUUUAUAUUCUGACUUCUUAACAUGUGAUUGCAUCCCAAGUUAAAGUAACAUAUUAAUAAGAAAAAAAUCACCUAAGUUACACAAGCAAUGGCAGGAAAUUCUUCUUACACAAGAAAUGGCAGGAUGUUGGUAUGAUCCUUAGAUAAUGGCCUCUCCUGGUUAAGAAAUUCAAGAUCUUUCUGUAAUCAUGCCCUUGGGUUGGCAGGUAACACUGUAGCCUUCUUUCCCAAAAAACCAGCCAGUACCAGCAUCCCCUGUCAACUCAGUUUUGUAUAUCAUAUUGUAUGGACUUUAUAUGAAAAUGAAUAUUUUACAGUUUGCACAGUAUUAUUUUACAGAGAGGGUAUCAGAGCAUCUACAACCUAGAGCCCCAAAGCAACAGCUUGACUUUGGGGCUUUUAAUUGUUCUAGGACUUUAACUGCAUCUCAUUUUUCUAGCAUGGUAAUAACUAACGUGUAACUUCCUUGAGAGCAGGAGCUCCCUUGUCUGUAUCUAUCAGAAUGUUUUCUCAACACUUCCAUGUUGGUUCUUCUGAGAUUUUUUUGUACAUAUUUUUUUUUUUCUAAAGAAAAAAGUUAUUCACAAAAUG